GCAGUAAAGGAGAGAGUGAAAGUAAGUUCAGUCUCCGCCAUUAGAAGAGGACAGAAGUCCGGAUUCACUCGGGGUCGGUGUCGGCAGUGUUCAGCUGUGUGUGAAUGAAGAAGAGUAAAAGAUGGAUCUUCAGAACUCCAGCAGUGGAGGAGGACCUCCUGUCCUAAAGGAGAAGAGAGCAGCAUCUCCAGCCCCCAGUGGAGUGUCUAUGAAGAGUGACGCGUCCAUGAUGAUUCCUCCAGGGUUCAGCAGUGGAGGAGGAAGCUCUGGGUCUCGAACUGAAACCCAGAGAGGAGCUUCUCCAGAACCCAGCUGUGUUUCUAUGAAGAGUGACCAGUCCAUCAUUAUUCCUCCUGAUUUCAGCAGUGAAGAUAUGACCUCUGACCCACAUGAGAAGAAAAAAAACUUUUCCAGAAAAGAACUGGACCACAUAUUCAAGGAGCUGCAGGAGAAGUUUAUCUCUCUAGUGAAGAACGAGCUGAACACAUUCAAGAAUCUCCUAAAUCCAGAUUACCCAGCAUGCUCUGAGGGAGAGGUGGAGGACGGUCAGAAGGAGGGGGUGCUGAAGGUCACACUGCACAUCCUGAGGAACAUGAAUCAGGCAGACCUCGCCAACACACUAGAGAGCAAAUUGGCCCCAGCAUGCCAACGAAAGCUCAAAUCCAAGCUGAGAGAUAAAUAUCAGAUACUUAAUGAAGGAAUCUCAGGCCAUGUAAAGUCAGCACUUCUGAAUGAGAUCUACACUGAGCUCUACAUCACAGAGGGAGAUGGAGGAGAUGUCAAUCAGGAACAUGAGGUGAAACAGAUGGAAGCUGCAUCCAGGAAAAAAACAACACAGGAAAAACCAAUCAAAUGCAACGACAUCUUUAAACCAUUACCAGAACAGAAACGACCCAUCAGAACUGUACUGACUAAAGGAGUUGCUGGAAUUGGAAAAACAGUCUCUGUGCAGAAGUUCAUUCUGGACUGGUCUGAAGGAGAAGUAAAUCAGGACAUUCUCUUCAUAUUUCCACUUCCUUUUAGAGAGCUGAAUCUGAUGAAGGAGAAGAAGCUCAGUCUUGUGAAUCUUCUUCAGAGCUUUUUCCCAGAAACACAAGAUUUAAAACCAAGACAUUAUAAGAGCUACAAGAUCAUGUUCAUUUUUGAUGGUCUGGAUGAGUGUCGACUGCCUCUGGAUUUCCAGAACAAUGAGAACUUGGUGAAUAUAGAAGAGCAAACCUCAGUGGAUGUCCUGCUGACGAACCUCAUCAAGGGGAAUCUGCUUCCCUCUGCUCUCCUCUGGAUCACCUCUCGACCACCUCUCGACCAGCAGCAGUCAGUCAGAUCCCUCCUGAGUGUGUUGAUCAGGUAA